AUCUAUUUGACUGUCGGGUUGGGUAUAUUUGGGUAUUUUCAGGUCCUCCAUCCGUGCUCCAUGUGAUUACCCUGCUUCUUAGAAAAAGUGAAACAUAACCAAAAAUAUUUAAAAUUUAGUCCGAAAUCGAAAAAUUUUACAACUUCGCAGAUCCUUGUUCAUAAUUUUGUUAAAAAUGACUGCAAGAGAAGUGAACAAGACGAAAUUGUCGAAAGGUAUUUUGGAAAUGAAGUUCAUGAAACGAACCAAAGAGAAAGUUGAGAAGCAACUAUUUCAAGAAGAAGGCAAAGAAUACUUCGGGGCACAGCUGACUAAUCACAUGAAGAAAGGAUCGGAUAAAUUCAUCAUUGAGCCAAGCUUUGUGUUUUGUGAAGGUUUGCUUGACGGUCGAGUGAGCUUUCGCGGUAUGAAUCCAGAGAUAGAGAGACUGAUGGAAUUGGAAGAAGAAGCUAAGCAAGCUUUGACCCGGAAACAGAAUGAAACUGAAAUAUCUGAUGAACAGAUGGCAAAGCAUUACAGAUCCUCAGCAGUGGAUACAAUGGCAAAAAAAUUCAGGACAAAACAUGAAAACAAGAAAUAUGUAAGGGAUGACAGCAUCGAAAUAGAACCCGUAGAGAAAAAACCUAAAUUUUUGAAACCAUCGUACUAAGAAGGGUGAUCGUAUACUAAAUGUAUUUUAUAUUUGGAUAAAUGAAACACCUGAUCUUGCUAAAUGCCUCUUAUUUUUAACAAGAGCUGAAGAUUUGUGUUAAAUAAUAAUUAAUUUUCGUAAAUACACGUUUGCGUGUGUGUGUGUGUUAGGUAUUUGGUAGCUUCAUAGUUUGAAAUUUGGUUUCGAACUUAAAAUAGCAUAGAAAACAUAUAUUUUGUAUGUCUCUGCAUGUAACUCAAAUCUCAAAUUUUGUAUAAUGCAUAUUUUUUCCUCUCUUUUUCUCCACAGGUAGAUUUACCUGAGUUAAAUUCAUGCUUUCCAGAAUUACCAACUAAUGGGUACAUCUAGUAUAAUUGUUCUUAAUAUUUAUUGUAAGAUCAAAACUUUUUCAUUAAAUUAAUUUUAUCAGCAAUAUACAGUACAAGAAUAUUUUUAUUAAAUAAUUGUAAAACUUUACAACGUAUUAACAUUUUUAAGAUAUAGUCCUGUACAUAUAUGCCAGUUGAAAAAAGAAAAUCCGAAUUGCUGCCACAA